AUGGAAGAAAACGACUAUCCCAAGCCUACAUCCGCGCCACCAAUUCUAGCACCAUCGCGCGAAGAGACAUUGACAGCUCCACCUCCUUCCCCUCGACCGAGCUAUGCCUCACUGCCAACAUCGCGACCGGCGACAGCGCCGCCAGAGCUCCCAUCGUCUCCUGAUAGAGCAUUGCCAGAGUCAUCCACUGCACGAAGCGACCCGCGAGAGCCAUCUCCCUCGCACAUACCAGCGCCUGCGUCACUUACACUUCCGACACGACCAGCCUCGGCUAUGCUACCGCCCCAGCCGUCAGAAUCGCCAGAGCCAGAAGAUGAUGCUGCAGACGCAAUGUCAAGAGUCCGACAAGCGCUUGCGCAUGCAAGACACAAAGAUCGGAAGCACCAUUACCGCGAAGCGAUGGAUGAAUAUGGAGACAUACUGGACUACUUCAGAAAGGUCCUCAAAGACUCUCAGCUGACACACGAGGAACGAGAGGAGCUGAAGAGCAUAGUCGACAACGACCACGAGAGAUUCGCCGCGCUUCGUAGACUCGAUGCUGCUGGGGAUCUCCACAACGCGCCGUCACUGCCGAAACCGCGACCUCCACCUUCAGCGACAGAGCCGUCUCCGAACUUUCGAUACCUUACGAAGCCAAAGACUGGGAAGCGGAAAAAGGGUGAGCGUGAAGAUGAUGAUACCCCGGAGUCGAGCAAAAGGCACAGAGUUCAGCCUUCGAUCGAGCACGGCAGAAACGACAGUCUAGGCAAUCUCGAGCAAGACGCAGAAGUCCAACCCAACGAGGAGAGCUCCGACGAAAAAGAUCCUGCGCACAACAUACAAGGACGCCGACCCGGCUUCACAAGGGCUAGCACUCCUCUCCCUGGCCGGAUCGAAAACCUCGGCGACUCCAACCCCAAACGAGGCCUCACAACCUACGCCCUCGCACACACGAAACGUGCCCUCUGCCGCCGUCGAACCUCCGGCGGCCACGCGCUCGACUACCAACUCCGCGACCACAACCACGCCCACUUCGAAGCCGGCGGCUGCGCCAAAGGCUUCGACACAACCCUCGCCCGCAUGGCCGCCGACAUGUCCAGCUCCUCUCAACCACCCCCCGACGUCCACUAG